AUGCGGGUGCUUCUGGAGAGCAGCUGGAUGAGGUUCGGACCGGCAGGCAGAGGCUCGUACGACUGGGUGACAGGAUCACCUUCAAAGCAGGAGAGGCAGGGCUACAUCUGGAAUGAGUUGGAGCUGGGAGAUGACCGACAGACGGAGCUGGUCCUCUACGUCGUCCUCCCGGUUGUCUCAGUCCUCCUGCUGGUUCUACUGGUCGCUCUGGUUUACCGCCGGUGCUCCAGCAGCAAACUGAGCCUGGCCAACAUCAUCACUCUGGACCUCCAGGACGCGGAGGCCAACGCUGAGUUCCUCUCCUCCCUGACGGGGAACGCAGAGCGCCACACCAGCACCAGCUCCGAUGGAUCCGACGGAGUCUUCGUCAUGGUCUACCUGCCUCCGCCCUACGAGGAAACGCUCUCCAAGAUCAGCCGUGCUGCCAGCCUCACCAGCUCCAGAGACGUGGAGUCGAUGAAGAUAGAAGACCUGGAGGCCAAGCUGUGUCCAGAGCUGAAGGCCAGCGGACAAUAUGUGUGA